AUGACCCUUGAGAUCACUUACAACCUGGUAUUCUGUGAUCCCAUUAAAAUGUGGGAGGGAUAUGACAAUUCCCAGGUGUCUGCUGAGAACCUGAUUGGCCUCAGCAGGGCCUGUUGCCCACACAAUGCCAUCCUUGUGAACUUUGAUAUGGAGAAAUCCCAACUGAACCACUGGAUGCUGCUGUACAGACCUGGAAGGAAGCAUGCAACAAUCCUGUGAAUAAACAGGUCUCUACAUUGUCAUAAUUACUGGCUAAUGAGCCCUCUAGCAAGCUCAACAACCUCCCAAGAGUGAGGCCAGAAUCCAAAACAGCUGCUGGGUGUGGUGUACACCGAGGGCGGUUUUGUGGAAGGCGAGAGUAAGAAACUGGGACUGUUUGGGAGCUACGUCGACAUCUUCAAAGGGAUUCCCUUUGCUGCCCCUCCAAAGACUCUGCAAGACCCUGAACCUCAUCCUGGCUGGGAUGGAACUUUGGAGGCAAAAUCAUACAAGGAUCGCUGCAUGCAGAUGACGCUCACCCAGACUGAUGUCCGUGGGAUAGAGGACUGUCUCUACCUGAACAUAUGGAUCCCUCAAGCCAGGAAACAGGUCUCUACCAACCUGCCUGUGAUGGUCUUCAUCUAUGGUGGUGCCUUCCUGGUGGGAGAGAGCCAGGGACCCAAUUUCCUGGCUGACUACCUGUACGAUGGCGAGGAGAUCGCCGUGCGGGGCAACGUCAUCGUGGUCACCGUCAACUAUCGUGUGGGGCCCCUGGGCUUCCUGAGCACAGGAGAUGAGAACAUGCCAGGGAACUACGGGCUGAAGGACCAGCACAUGGCUAUUGCCUGGGUGAAGAGGAACAUCAAGGCCUUUGGGGGUGACCCAGAAAACAUCACCAUCUUUGGGGAAUCGGCCGGUGCCGUCAGUGUCUCCCUGCAGAGCUUGUCCCCGAAGAACAAGGGCCUGUUCAAGAGAGCCAUCAGCCAGAGCGGUGUCGGGCUCUGCAGCUGGGCCAUCCAGAGGGACCCGCUCUACUGGGCUAAAAAGCUCGGAGAAAAGUUGGGCUGCCCCACAGACAACACUGCCACCUUGGCCAACUGCCUUCGUGUCUCUGACCCCAAAGCCUUGACACUCGCCUACCACCUGCAGCUGACCAACCUGCCCACUGCCCUGGUGCACACCCUGGCCAUCACCCCUGUGGUUGAUGGAGAUUUCCUCCCAGACAUGCCAGAGAAUCUCUUUGCCAACGCUGCCGACAUUGACUACCUGGUUGGGGUCAAUGACAUGGACGGGCACAUCUUCGCCGGCAUAGAUUUACCUGCCAUCAAUGCCCCCCUGAGGAAAGUCACUGCGGAAGAGAUCUACAAUUUGAUCAAAGCACUGACCGUGGACAGGGGCGAGGCUGGAGCCAACGCCACGUACAGUAUCUACACCCAGAGCUGGGACAAGAACCCGAAGCAGGAGGACAUGAAGAAGACAGUGGUGGAGCUGAUGACUGACUACAUCUUCCUGGUUCCCACACAGUGGACCCUGAACCUGCACCUGCAGAAUGCCCAGAGUGCCAAGACAUACAGCUACUUGUUCUCCCAGCCAUCCCGCAUGCCCGUCUACCCCAGCUGGGUUGGGGCAGACCACGCUGAUGACCUUCAGUACGUCUUUGGGAAGCCCUUUACCACCCCCAUGGGCUACUGGCCCAAGCACAGGACCGUCUCCAAGUACAUGAUCGCUUACUGGACCAACUUUGCCAGCACUGGGUGAGUGAUUCCUGUUCCACAGUUGUGCUUUGCUGCAGCCCUUCAGCCUGCUGCCUUUGCCCAGUAACUUCUCAGGAUCAUUCCCCAAAGCAGGGUGUUCUCUGUGUUUCUGUUGUGAGCU